AUGGAGCUUGUAAAGACUCAUGAAAAUGGUCAACUUUUCUUCAUUCCAGUAAUUAAACACGAGCAUAGAGCAAAGCAAUGCAAGCCGAGUAACAAUAUACCAAAAAUUCUUAAGUUGCAAGCAGGAAAAAAAGUCUAUGAAUUAGCAAAUUCUGAUAAUGUUCCUCAAUGCAAAGAAAUUUUUGCAAAAGAAUUGAAUAUUCCCAAUGCAACUUAUACGAUGUUCCAUAAUAUAGUAAAUAAACUUAAAGGAACCACAAAGGGGGAUAGAAUUCAAUCUUACAAUUAUUUCUCAACAAUUUUUUCAAUCAUAAACAAAAUCGAACAAGGAUUCUGCGAAAUGAUUUUAGUUAAAGAAGUUAACAAUGAAAUUGAAUUGCAUACAUUUAAGAAAGGUGAUGAAUUACCUGAAAAUUCAAAAGACUUUCAAAUUUAUUCAUUUAUUGUAAUUCCUCCAAUAACUCAUUUUUACAUGCAAACACAAGCUUUUUGCGGAAUAAUUCAAAUUGAUGGAACAUUUUUAUUUUGUAUUAAAAAAGGAAACUUACUCAUUAUUGGUACACCUGCACCAAAUAAUAGACUUAUCCCUAUUGCAUUUGCAUGG